UCAAGUGGGUUGCAUGCAGCUACAAUUUAUUACGAUGGAGGGGUAGCGGGGCAGAGUUGUAUUCACUGGAAUUGCAAAAAUAGAGAGGAAGGAAUUUAAUGAAUGCUUGUAGGCGCAAGCGAGUUUAAGAACAGCUGGUGUCAGCCAGCAGUAACAUCCCCUCCCUCUUUCCACCCAAGCCAGAGCAAAAUGCUCAAACAAAGCCCCACGUCAGCGAAUCCGUAACUUAUAUAUAUAACUGCAGUUGUGUUGCGGUUCAUCGUGAACUGCAAAAGAACAUGCUGUACAGUAUAAGGAUCCUGCGCCAAAUCCGGCUUUUAUUGGGUGUAUCAUUUCAAAGGGUGUGCGUGAGCACUCCAUACCCGCCAACAUUUCUGCGAUGAAAUGAGGGACGUCCUAAGGAAAAGCGGAAUAUUCCGGGAUGAAAUCAGAAAGCUUCUGUAAAUCCAGGAUCGUCCCUGGAAAAUAGGGACAGUUGGAGGGUCUGGAACGUCCCCUGCAAAACCUUCUGUUUUCUGUAUAUCUUCCUUGCAGGAGCAAAACCUUGUGUGUGAUGCUGACAUCUGUAUGUCUAAAUACCCUAAAUAAUUUGUAGCACGAUCGAAGAAAAAAAAAGGACCCUGGGAGAUCAGUUUGAGGAACUGGUGCUGUUUGCCCAAUGCUCGCAGCAAAAGAAGGAGGUCUGUAGGCAACCAGUGCAGGCCGACGUUGACACAAGGCUGGAAAGGACAAAAUGGCUGCUGAGCGGGCAGCGGUGGCCAACCUCCAGAUGGCAGGAGACCAAGUGCUGCAUAUAAAAAUGGAAGAGGAGGAUGAGGAAGAGGAAGACGGACCGGCGAAAGGGCCUUGCGUCAUCCGGGCUGGGAGGCUGAGGGACAUUUUGGGAUGGCCAGGGCCGGAGCAGGUCAAGCAGGAGCUGGACGAAGAGGUGCCUCAGUGCUGGGAAGCCCACGGCCAGAAGCACGUGAGACUCAUCCAGUCGCCUCAUUCUGGAUGGGGGCCCCCUCAGCAGCCGGAGGAGCUCAUCCUGAGGCAGCGAGGAGCAAGGAGACGGGAGCAGCAGGUGCCGGUCCUUUUUGAUGAGAUGGAUGCCCAUUCCCUGGAGGCCGACCACACCUUGCUGGACAGACGGCGGUAUCUCCGCAGAGAGGCCAAGCAGAGGCUGGAGAGGGAAGCCAGCUCACUCGUUGGCUCUGCCGCGCCGACGCACCAUUUCCCAAAGAUGAGCCGCCGUGGCACCAACUGGUCGUACGCUGAGGUGAUUGACCUCCUGGAUAUCUGGGGGGAGCAGAGGAUCCAGCAGGUCCUUCAGAGCAGCCACCGGAACAUGGACACCUUCCAGGUCAUUGCCAACGAGAUGGCCAAGAGGGGCCACGAGCGGACCGCCCAGGAGUGCCGCACCAAGACCAAGACGAUGCGCCGGGACUACAAGAAGGUGAAAGAGAACAACUACUCUGGGACAGGGCGCCUCACCUGCCCCUUUUACGACCAGCUGGAGCAGAUCCUGGAUUCCAGAGCGCCCCAACCCAUGGGGCAGGCCCAGAGUUACGGACACCAGGAGGAGUCGGGGGGAGAUGAUGGUCCCCCGUGCGGCCUGGAGGAUGGGGGCCCCCACGAGUCUGAGGACUACCUCGAGCCCCAGGACUUCUUCGACCCCUCUGCCCAGUUCUCCAUUGAACUCGUCGAUUCAGUGGACUCCACCGACAUGGUGUGCAAAACAGAGGAGAACUUUGAGGAGCCAAUAAGCACCCCCCGGCCGGCCCCAGAAGCCGAUCAUUUGCUCAACCCCUUGCCAUCUGCCCCGCCCAGUCUCCCUGGCAGCCCAGCCACCACUGGCUCCACAGCAGACGUGCACCCGACCCCUUGCCACAGCCCCUUGCCGGGGCCGACGGGCCUCUCGGCUGCCGAACGCCUCGCCAACAUCCGGAACCGGCACAAGAAGACCAGGAACGUUUUGGCUGUAGAGCUUGCGAUGGCAGCGGACCUGCGGAUGCAGGUGGCUACCGACAGGAUCCUUUCCGCCCUCGACGACUACACCAAAGCGGACUUGGAGGACCGCGAGAAGGACAGGGUGGGCACUGAGCAGAUCAUUGCCAUCAUGCAACGGCAGACAGAACUUCUGGAGCGGCUCAUACGGCGGCGGCAGUCCUCCACUCCGGCGGCCGUGUCCACUGCCCCCUCACGGCAAGCAUGGCCACCACGGACAGGCCAAUCCAGCCACCGGCCUGCAGGCCCUUCUUCCUCCCGCCUGGGCGUUCCCAGGCGGCCGUUGGCACCCAGGGCCCGUACCAGGAGAAGGCCUCAGAACUACAGCCCUUGACUCUCACCAUUUGCAAUCCCCUACAAGAGCUUGCGGUUGUCUGCUUGCUGUGUUUCAUUCUUUCAUUUGGUUAACCUCUUGGGAGUUGUUUUCUCUUCCACCCCCCACCCCCCAUGCUUUCCCAUUAGGGUUAAAAAGAGAGCGUUGUCAACAAACCGAAGGUUUGGUCGUAACAGCCGUUUGUUCUGCCAUUGCCAAAACAAAAACCCUAUUUUUAAAAAAUUAAGUAUUUUCUUUCUUUUUUAAUAAACCUCGAGCCCUGGCAUCAAGUUAAAAAAGAAAGGACGCAAAAAGUGAACCAGCUGGCUGCUGUUUCUGGUGGGGAAGUCCGUGGCUUUUUUUCCCCUUCAGAACUCAGAACUUCAUUGACGUUCCUUGGCAACCAGAUUGGGCCGAGCCAAAUUUCUUGGCCUGAAGCCACAUAGUAGAAAAAGUGGCUUCAAGGAUGGGAAGAGCUGGUCUGUCCACAUGCACAUUUGGGCACUGGUUUAUUUACAGCAGGGAUUGGGAACUUCUGGCCCUAUUGACCUGACAUUAUAUGCCACCGUUACUAUGAAGAACCACUUGGGAGUGUAAAAUGAACUCCGAGGGGCCUUCAUUGAAGGAUUAAAUUUAUGUCCCACUGUUCCUCUAUAUAUUUUCCUCCCAACAACCCUGUGAGGUAGGCUAGGCUGAGAGAGAGCGACUGGCCCAAGGACUCCCAGUGAGCCUCAUGGCUGAAUAGGGGUUUGAACCUUGGCCUCCCAGGUCCUGGCUCAACCCUCUGACCUUUGGAUCAGUGCUUCUCCAACAGUAGGCCUCAGGCCCACAGCCUUCCACGUGCCUCCUCAGUGAUGCACCCGGCCCCAUAGCCAGCCCAUGGCCAUUUGGUUGGACAAUGCCAGCACCUGCAACUCCUCGCAUACUGAGCAGAGGAGAGCAGGGAAAGAAGCGGAGGAAUUUUCUGUGGAAAAAUAACACGCUGGGGAAAUUUAUGCCCCAGUGUCCAGUCUCCGCUUGGAGAGAUGGCAAGAACAGAGACAGUGAAAUGGGUAGUGGGCCACAAGGGACAUUGGUGGCCACCAACUUGGCUGGGUUUAAAAGGGGGCUAAACGAAAUCAUGGCUACAGGCCACAAAGGCUAUGCUCUGCCUCCACAGUUAAGAGGCAGCACACACUUCUGAAUAUCAGUUGCUGGAAAGUGCUGGUGCACUCAGGUCCCGCUUAAUAAUAAACAAACACCUGACUUUUAGAAGACAUCUGAAGGCAGACCUUUUUAGGGAGGUGUUUAAUGUUUGAUGUUUGCUGCCAUUCAGUGGAUUUGUAACUGGCUGACUGACCGAACCCAAAGGGUGCUCACCAAUGGCUCCUCCUCAUCCUGGAGAGUAGUGACUAGUGGGGAGCCACAGGGUUCUGUCUUGGGCCCAGUCUUAUUCAACAUCUUUAUCAAUGACUUGGAUGAUGGGCUUGAGGGCAUCCUGAGCAAGUUUGCAGAUGACACCAAAUUGGGAGGGGUGGCUAAUACCCCAGAGGACAGGAUUACACUUCAAAAUGACCUUAGCAGAUUAGACAACUGGGCCAAAGCAAGCAAAAUGAAUUUUAACAGGGAGAAAUGUAAAGUACUACACUUGGGCAAAAAAAAAAUUGAAAGGCACAAAUACAGGAUGGGAGACACCUGGCUUGGGAGCAGUACAUGUGAAAAGGAUCUAGGAGUCUUGGUAGACCACAAACUUGACAUGAGUCAGCAUGUGAUGCA